UUUCUCGUCACAAGACGAGUGUCAAUUAAUCAGCCAUUACUAUUAGUAUGGCUGCUGCUGCUUCUUCUUCUCGGUUGCUCUUCUACUUUAUCGUGCUUGUGAUCGUCAGCCAUGGCGUUCUGCAAAUUGAAGCCUCCCACGUCUUUUACGGAAACCUCGAAUCUCUUCAGCCAACUAAUCCAAACCCAACUUACAGAACUUCUUACCACUUCCAGCCCCCAAAGAACUGGAUGAAUGAUCCCAACGGGCCAAUGAUAUACAAAGGGAUAUACCAUUUCUUCUACCAGUACAACCCAUACGGUGCAGACUGGGGGAACAUAGUUUGGGCCCAUUCAACAUCGCUAGAUCUUGUGAACUGGAAAUCCCACCCGCCAGCCAUCAAGCCGUCUGUUCGAGGUGACAUUAAUGGUUGCUGGUCAGGCUCUGCAACCCUUCUACCCGGGAAUAAACCGGCCAUGCUCUACACUGGGAUUGACCCACAAAAUCGCCAAGUUCAAAACCUAGCCAUGCCCAGCAACCUUUCGGACCCGUACCUUGUAAAGUGGAGCAAAUUUCCCAGUAAUCCAGUCAUGGAACCCACCAUAACGAACCAAAUCAAUUCGAGCUCGUUUCGAGACCCAACCACUGCAUGGCUAGGCCACGAUGGGAGGUGGAGAACCGUCGUUGGAAGCAAGAGGAAUCGCCGGGGCCUAGCGAUUCUGUACAGGAGCAAGGAUUUUGUUCGGUGGACUGAGGCUCGGCACCCUCUCCAUUCGGCCAAGGACACUGGGAUGUGGGAGUGUCCCGAUUUUUAUCCCGUCUCGACCCGAACUCGAACCGGUCUUGAUACGUCCAGGGUUGGGCGUGGCAUUAAGCAUGUGAUGAAGUUGAGCUUGGAUGAUACGAAGCAUGAUUAUUACACAGUUGGGACGUAUGAUCUUGCCAAGGAUAAGUAUGUCCCAGAUAAGGGAUCUGUGGAUAAUGAUUCGGGAUUGAGAUAUGAUUAUGGUAAGUUCUAUGCUUCCAAAACAUUCUACGACAGUGCGAAGAAGCGGAGGAUCUUGUGGGGCUGGAUUAAUGAAUCGUUGCCUCUGCAUGACUAUGUCCGACAAGGAUGGUCUGGACUUCAGGCAAUUCCGAGGGCAGUUUGGCUGGACAAAUCGGGAAAGCAGUUGGUGCAAUGGCCGAUUUCGGAGAUUGAAAAGCUGCGGAGGAGCCGAGUGGGGUUACCGGCGGGGAAGGUGCUUAAGGCCGGAUCAAAGCUUGAAGUUUCAUCUCUUCCCACAGCUGCACAAGCGGAUGUGGAGGUGUCAUUUGAAGUGCAAGAAUUAGGAAACAAAGCAGAGACAAUGGACCCAAGUUGGACGAACCCACAACUGUUAUGCAGCCGAAAGGAUGCAUCGGCUAAAGGUGGGUUGGGACCAUUUGGGUUGAAGGUCCUAGCUUCCAAGAACGACUCCAUGGAAUAUACGGCUAUUUUCUUCAGGAUUUACAAAUUGGGUCUAACUAACAAGUACAAGGUGCUCAUGUGCAGUGACCAGAGCAGGUCUUCACUGAAUACAAGUCCGGAUAAGACAACCUAUGGAGCAUUUGUGGAAGUGGACCCCGCCCGUGAGAAGUUGUCAUUGAGGACUUUGAUUGAUCAUAGCAUAGUGGAGAGCUUUGGUGGAGGAGGAAAGGCGUGUAUCACUGCUAGGGUUUACCCCACUUUGGCCAUUGGAGAAGCUGCACACUUGUACGUCUUCAACCAUGGAAAUGCCCAUGUCAGGAUCUCAAGCUUCAGUGCUUGGAGCAUGAAGAAGGCCCACCUCAAUUGAAUUACUAACUAAUUGAAGAAUAUUAUUAUUUAAUUAAUGGAAAUGUCGGUGACUUUGUCAUGCAAUAAAUUAAUUAUUAUAAACAAUAUAUAUAUUGAUUGAAUUUGCAA